AUGGCUGGGAGUGUGAGAAGACCGGAGCAGACUGGACCCCCAGAACUGUUUUACAAUGAAGAUGAAGCAAGAAAAUAUACCCAGAACUCUCGUAUAAUUGAUAUCCAAUCGCAGAUGUCAGAGCGUGCGGUAGAGCUCUUGUGCUUGCCAGAAGAUCAGCCAUGCUACCUGCUGGAUGUGGGCUGUGGCUCGGGGCUGAGUGGAGAUUACAUAACUGAACAGGGACAUCAUUGGGUUGGAAUAGACAUCAGUACUGCCAUGCUGGAUGUGGCAUUGGAUCGGGAAGUUGAAGGGGAUCUUAUCCUAGGUGAUAUGGGUCAGGGUGUCCCUUUUCGUCCUGGGACCUUUGAUGGUUGCAUAAGCAUUUCAGCUCUGCAAUGGCUUUGUAAUGCUGACAAGAAAAGUCACAAUCCCCCGCGCCGUCUCUUCCGCUUUUUCACAACUCUUUACUCUGCCUUGGCUCGUGGCUCCCGUGCAGUUCUGCAGCUGUAUCCUGAAAAUGCUGAGCAGUUGGAAUUAGUGACAGCCCAGGCAAUGAGAGCUGGAUUUACUGGAGGGAUGGUAGUCGAUUAUCCUAACAGUACAAAGGCUAAAAAAUUUUUCCUGUGUCUGUUUGCCGGAAUAUCAGGGGUGUUACCUAAGGGUUUGGGUGAAAUGUCAGCAGAACAAGGAGUAACGCAUCAAGCUUCAUUUAUCAAAGAGAGGAUGAGAUUUAAAAAUGCCAAAGGGAAAUCUGUGAAGAAGAGCAGAGAGACUGGAUAAUUGAAAAGAAAGAACGACGCAGACGGCAAGGAAAGGAAGUUCGAGCAGACACAAAGUUCAGUGGCCGUAAGAGAAGACCUCAUUUUUAG